CCAAAAAAGAAGCUGGAUAUGUAAAUAUGCGAGGAAUAUAGUGUGAUCGUUUAGGCAAUUGUUGAAGUGCUAGGACUGCGUUUUGUAAUUGUUCAAUGUGUUGGACAUUCUUUAUGUAAUAAAGCAUUGUCACAAUGACAUCCACUGAAGAAUGAGCACUUACGAGGACUACAACGAGGUUUCAAACACCUAUGAUGACCAACGAGUAGCUAUGGGAAGUGACGUCAUCGCCGCCAUGAUUCAGUUCUACUGCAAAAGACCACUUGAGGAGCUUCACAUUCUUGACGCCGGUUGCGGUACAGGAAACUAUUCGCUGGACCUCCUCAAAUACGGAGUUGGCCACGUGACACUGUUGGACGCCUCCUCUGGAAUGCUGAACAAAGCAAAGACAAAGCUGGCCGAGUACAUAGCAUCUGGACGUGUAGUGGACAUCACUGAGGGCAAAAUGCCUCCUCUGCCCUAUCCGGAAAACUCGUUUGAUGUCGUCAUGUUCAACAUGGUGCUGCACCAUUUGGACCAAGAUUCAAACGAAAGCUACGCAACAGCUGGGCAGGUUUUGAAAGAAGGAAGGCGAGUUUUGAAACCUUCCGGAGUUAUUAUAAUAACCACAGCCCUAAAAGAAACUGUUGAUAGAUGCAUCUGGUACACGCAACUUAACAGAGAGCUCACUGGCAGAUUUUGUAAGAAAAUGCCUUCUUUGGAGCAGAUUGGCUGUAUUCUUGGGGAGAGUGGAUUACAUAUUGUACAAAAGAUGAACAUAUUGGGCGCUGAACUGUAUAAAGGUUACACUAAUUACGAGGGACCUUUGGACGAGCACUGGAGAAGCUGCGUGUCGUAUUGGACCUAUGCGACAGACGCUGAGAUCGAGAGUGUGAAGGACAGAGUUCUUGAACUAAAAGCAAGCGGGCAACUGGAACGAUGGUGUAAGGAACAUGAUCACGUGGACUGCUUUGGAUUUGUCACGCUUUUGAUAUGUAGAUCGUAAUUGGUAUACUUAUUAUUAUUUAGUAGAUGUUGCAAAUACUAUGUAUUUUAAUCCAAUGGACCAUGCCAAUGUGAAAAAUUGUGGCUGUCUCACAAUUUUCCUUGUAUAGGAAUUCUUGCUUGAAGAUAUACCGUACACAAUUUUAAUUGGAGUACGACCAUGUGAUAUACUUACCUAUUGACAGAUUGUUACGGUAUUUUGUUUGUCAUAUAUGUAUCGACAAUAACAUCUUGGGGAUUUAUAUUGAAGGUAUGGAGCAUAUUGUUUGAUAUAUUAUGGUAUAUGUAUGAAUGUCGUUUUAUACCGACACUUUUUAAAUGAGCAAUGUAUGUGUGGAGAUUGGUUCAUAUUUACCAAAUUGUCAAUGCGUAAGCAUUUUAGGUUCUUUGAUAGUAAAUAAAACCUAAUUUUACAUGCUCACGCAUAUGCUAUAGUAAAUCAUUUUUUUGACACUCAUUAUCUCUCAAUGAAGGCUGAACGAUCAUCUAGGGGAGACAUCUUAGAGUGCCAUUUAUUUGUAUUCUUUGAAACGUCAGAUUAAGAUUUUUACACGAAGUCUUUUGUUUUGCACACUGUGUUUCCAAAGAAUCUGCACUUUUGUUAAAAUACGCCCUCAAACAACUUCUCUUCUGUCUCAUCCAAUAUAAUUUAGCAUAACUUGAAUUUGAUUCCGUCUUUUGCAGAACAGAAUAGUGUUUCACUUUCUUUAGGAUUACACGUAAAUGAAAAUACGAAAAUACUUUUCUUUGGCUUGCCUUUUUCCAUUUUUACCAGUUUAAUUUGAUUUGUUUGUAUAUGUUUGACUUCCAAGUGUAUUUGUGGUGUUCGCCAUUUGUUAUUGCAUGACGUUGUGCCACUGUGCUUUCUUCAUGAUUGUUUUAAAACUCAGUCCAUGUUGAUUAGGUGUUUGUUUAUGUUUCUUUACAUAUGAAGUUUUGUACCAGCUAUUGUCAGCCUCUUUCACUUAAAGGGGCCUUUUCACGUUUUGGUAAAUUAACAAAAUUGAAAAAGAAAUUGUUUCAUAUUCGCAAAUUUUCGUCAAAGUUAUGAUAUUUGUGAGGAAACCGUAAUACUGAGCAUUUACCAUGCUCUAAAAUAGUCUUUAUGUGCAUCUUUUGACGAUUUAAAAACCUGAAAAUUAUAAAGCGUUACAACGCGAACGAUUGAAUAAUUCUGUUGUUGUCGUUAUAUUUUGUUACAUUACGAGGAUUGCUCAUAUAAAGUAUAAAAUAAUCUUUUAUUGUAUAAGGAAGGAUGGUCGAGUGGUCUAAUGCGUAGACUUUUUACUUCAGGACUCCAGGGGUCAGUGGUUCGAGUCCCGCUGAGAGUUACCUUUUUUUCUUUCUUUUAAUUUUAUUCUUGAUUUUUUACUGGAGCUUUUUAGAUCCAAUGUUUACAUUUAUCAAUAUAAAUCAUUUAAUUACAAACUUCAAAACAUGCCAAAAUCUGUGAAAAGGCCCCUUUAACAUACGUUUUACUUAACUGCAUCGUUUUCCCCGCGUAGGGAUUGUUGACGGCACAGCUAGGUAUUCGUUCAAAUGUUCGCAACAGAGAUUGGAACUUUGUCAGUUACUCCGUAGAUGCCUGUUUAUAUAUAAUGUAUGCGAACGUGGUCUUUGCUCACUGUCGUGCCUUUUUAACCAUUUAAUCGCUUAAAAUUACGCUAAAAUACCGCAUAAAUGUAGUGAUCAUUUUUUUGCUAGCGUUUGACGGAAUCACACUGUAUUUGUAUGUUCUAUUCAUUAAUGUAAAAAAGCUGUUCCACAUACCUCAAACGUAACUUGUAACAUAUCUAACUCCAAUGGAAUAAUAAACUCUAAAUUUAAUCGUUCCAAAGUCACAUAUUGCUACAAAAACAUAACUUUUCUACAAUUCCUCACCAAUCGUUAAAAUAUAAAAAUGUGACUAUUCGAUUCUAUUCUGGAAUUAGGUGAUGUUUCGAUUGUCAUACAAGGGGGAUUGAUUGCAUGUCUUGUAAAACAUGUUUGGUGUCUAUGUUUAAUGUUCGAUGGAUUAUUUAAUAAUAUCAACACUAGUUGACGUGUUUAUCUUCCUGUUUAAAUUGAUGUGUCUAGUAAACACGCCGUAUGCAUUUAAAUAAACAAUACAUAAAUGCAAUUUGUAAUUAA